AUGGUGAUGUUUGCCAUAUCAAUCUUCGAUGUGGCGAGAGCGCGAUUGGCCGACCAUAUCGUACACUGGGGCUACCUCACAAACAAACAUGCCUACUACAGCGCCCUCUGUGAGGCCGAUGUCGCUAUCUCUACGGCGCAACACGAGUUCUUUGGCGUUGCGAUGUUGGAGGCUGUGUAUUGUGGCUGCUACCCGCUCUGCCCAAACAGGCUUGUCUACCCAGAGAUUUUUCCACGUGACUAUCUCUACAACACGCCGGCGCAGCUGCUGAAGACCCUGCGAAGAUUCUGCAAGUAUCCGAACAUAGUGCGGAAGCACAAGCUGCAGCCUACAGAUUCCGCCAUCAGCGUCCAGAUCCACCCGCUGAAGUUUCCGAGCGCACACGGGCCGGAGAUUCACUUCCCGAGCAAAGGUGCAAUACAUAUCGAUACGAUGAUAUUGGUUGAUAUUAUUUUAUGGAUUGGUAUUGGCAAGAUUGAAUAUAGAAAGUUCCCGUGUCCCGUACGAUAUAUGGUGGUUCACCUGUAUGCCGCCUGCUACUUGGAAUCGUAA